UCGUGGCUCCGUUAGCAUCCAGGACUAGCAGACUGUUUGGGGAACACCGUGUGGAGGAAGGCGUCCUGCGCACUGUAGGCAGAAAUAUAUCAGCGACUUCAAAUAUCCCCAGCUAAUCCUUUAGCUAACCAUUAUCCCUCCAUGCUGUUCGAGAAACGGAGAUAACGAUAAUAACAUUGCACUGCCACCUGAAUUAGCCACCGUGCAAUACUGAUAAGGUAAACUGCGUUUUGCGUGAGGGGUCCAACGUUACGUUUUAGGCAUAACCCGUUUUAUGUUCGGAAUGUUAAAAAUAUAGCUGUAACCCCGACCAACGUGACUUCUUGCAAGAAUGAGGUUACCGAGUAAGAGACGAUGUGCGAUAGAAGAAGAUGGAAAGAAGAUGGACCAAGCUCCACCGUUCAGAAACCCUUUUGUGCACGUCUUGAAAUUCUCCCCUCUGGAAAAGGCAAAGAUUGCAUUAAUGACAGUCACACUGUUCCCCAUCCGUCUACUCAUAGCUGCAUUCAUGAUGCUGCUGGCUUGGCCUUUUGCCUUCCUGGCCUCAUUAGGGCGCUCGGAGACCACCGUCGAACCCCAGUGCCUCUGGAGGAGAGUGGUGGACAUAAUUCUGAAGAUCAUCAUGCGGGUCAUGUGGUUUGUGGGGGGGUUCCAUUGGAUGACGGUGAAAGGGCGAAGGGCGUUGCCUGCAGAAGCACCCAUCCUCACCCUGGCCCCCCACUCGUCCUACUUUGAUGCCAUCCCAGUCACCAUGACAAUGGCCUCCAUCGUCAUGAAGGCUGAGAGCAAGGACAUACCUCUCUGGGGCACUCUGAUUAAGUUCAUCAGACCGGUGUUUGUCUCACGGUCGGACCAGGACUCCAGAAAGAAGACUGUGGAGGAGAUCAAACGCAGAGCCCACUCAGGGGGGGAAUGGCCUCAGAUAAUGAUAUUUCCAGAGGGAACAUGCACAAAUAGAUCCUGCCUAAUCACCUUCAAGCCAGGGGCCUUCAUCCCAGCUGUACCCGUGCAGCCUGUAGUGAUUCGUUACCCCAAUAAACUGGACUCGAUCACAUGGACGUGGCAAGGGCCUGGAGCGUUUGAAAUCUUAUGGCUGACACUCUGCCAGUUGCACAACAGGUUUGUGGUCGAGUUCCUUCCCAUUUACACACCAUCAGAGGAGGAGAAAAAGAACCCUGCUCUCUAUGCUAUCAACGUGAGACGUGUCUUGGCAAAAGCCCUGGGGGUUCCCAUCACAGACUACUCAUUUGAAGACUGCCAGCUGGCCAUGGCAGAAGGCCAGCUGAGACUGCCAGUGGACACCUGCCUGCUGGAGUUUUCCAAGCUCGCCAGGAGACUGGGGCUAAAACCCCGGAACACUGAGAAGGUUCUGCAGGAUUAUGGGAACAGAGCCAGGAAGCUGGAAGGUCAGAAGCUGGACUUGGACGACUUUGCUCAGUUCCUCGACGUGCCAGUUUCAGAGAUGCUCCGAGACAUGUUCUCUCUUUUUGAUGAGCAUGAAGAUAACUGCAUGGAUAUCAGAGAAUAUGUGAUAGCCUUAUCUGUCAUAUGCAGACCCGCCAAAACUCUGGAAACGAUGAAAUUGGCCUUCAAGAUGUUUGAGGCAGAGGAGGACGGUGCCAUCACAGAGAUGGAGCUGGCAGUUAUCCUGAAAACGGCUUUAGGAGUGACGCACCUCAGCGUGUCGCGUCUCUUCACUGCCAUCGAUCCCGAAGACACAGGGAAGAUCACAUUUGAUAAGUUCAGAUGCUUUGUGGAGCAGCACCCAGACAUUUCAGAGGAGUACCUGUACGCAGAGAACGCAGGCCUCAGCAGCGGCUCCUGCCACGUUCACCACACAGAGUCCAGCCUGUCUUCCCGGAAGCUGCGAGGCACUGCCAACAAAAAAACAGCUAACGGUAUCUGCCCUGACUUCAGCCCCAAAGACCAUGACGGCACAAUAGAUGGACUUUUCAAGAAACACAACUAAAAGGGUUUAGAAAGUGGGAGAAAAACCAACACCUCUCCUGGUGAGAGGGUGUUGUGUAGUGGGGGGGGCAGAGGGUAGCUAUGU